AUGGCGAGACAGAACUUUGUGGGAUUUGUCAUCUCGCAAGGGAAGAUGAACAAGACGGUGAAGGUGAGAGUGAUGCAGAAGGUGUACAACAAGCAGCUGUAUAAGGAGUAUCUGAAGAAGAAGGAUUUUUUGGUGCACGACGAGGCCAACAUUUGCAAAGAAGGUGACUUUGUGAGAAUCGAAGCCACGCGGCCUUUGAGUGCUCGAAAGUUCUUUUCUGUUGCAGAAAUCAAGAGAAAUAAAGGUCAGGAGUUCCAGGUGUACCAAGAAGAAGCAAAAAAGAGCGUGGCCGAGGAAGAGGCUGCUAGAAGAACAGAUUUACUCAACAGAAGAAAACUAUACGACUCCAACGACUCGACAUUGUACAACGACUUGAGCGAGGUGAAGAUGCUCAGAAAGCCGGUGGAAGAGUUGACGAACGAAGAGCGCGAAAAAAUAGCCAGUUUGAAGGAGAAAUACGGUAUCACCAACUGGGACAAAGACUUCGAGGACAGAGAGCUGUUCUUGUCGGAUCUGUCGUAUCUUGCAGGCAAGCUCGAGAAGAUGAGACUGGACAUCAAAUUGACGGAGAAGGUGAACAAGUUACUGGCAGAUCAAGAAAGCGAGGCAUUCAAGAAGAUUGUCGAGCAACUACAGCUUGACCCGGCAACCAAGAAAAACAUUGUUAAAAACAAGGUGAGAAAGUUCUUAGAAUCCAUCCCUGUGGAAGAGCUCGGCAAAAUGGGCAUUCAUUUGUAA